UCUCUCUCUCUCUCUCUAGGAUUUUGGUUGUCGGACUUGAAAUGCGAAAAUGGAUCAAAACCAAAGACCUUCCUCAGCUUCGAGGGCUUACCAGUUCCACCCAGGCCGAGCCGCUAUCAUCAAUCUCUUUGAUCUCUAUUUAGGACGAAGUAGCCGCCAAAAACCUGACGAUGCAACUCGGGAACCUCCAAACAAGACACAAAAGCGUGUGAUUGCUCUUAACAGAGAGCUACCUCCUAGAAAUGAGCAGUUUCUUAUAGAUUUUGAGCAGAUUCAGAGCCAGUUUUCUGACCAAGAACAGUUGCGUGCUGUCACAGAAUCUGUUCUCAUAUCUCUGGUUGUGCAGUGUAGUAGUCAUGCCCCACGAGCAGACUUUCUUCUCUUUGCCUUACGUAGCUUGUGCAGUAUUGGUUAUAUUAACUGGGACUCCUUUUUGCCGUCACUUCUUUCUUCGGUCUCUACGGCUGAAAUGUCGGUGGGUCAGGGGACUCAAUCAAUCACUGCCGUUUCUUCACAGCCUGGGGUGCUGCCAUCUUCGAGCACAAUUACCAGUUCUGCUAACUUUCAGUCUUCAAAUCCUGCCUCCCCUUUACCUUCAGUGCAUGGUAUUGGGUCCCCUGCCCAAUCAGCUAUUGAGCCAGCUUCUUGUGUAACUUUGUCACCGGUUAAGUCAUCUGAUGUGUCCGGCGCAGUACAACAGUCUAAUUCAAGGGUGAAUUCAUUGAUUAGAGAUAACGCCAUAAGCAGUUUAAGGCAACUCUGUUGCAAGAUUAUCUUAGCUGGACUCGAAUUUAAUUUGAAACCAGUAACUCUUGCUGACAUUUUUUCUUAUAUGCUGAAUUGGCUGGUUAAUUGGGAUCAGAAGCAACAGGGGAUUGAUGAAUCUGAUGUUGCAAAAUCUGGUCGACCGGACAAGUCGUUAAUUGAGUGGCUGCACAGCUGCUUGGAUGUGAUUUGGCUUUUGGUUGAGGAGGAUAAAUGUCGAGUGCCCUUUUAUGAGUUACUGCGUAGUGGCUUGCAGUUUAUAGAAAACAUACCCGAUGAUGAAGCCUUAUUUACACUUAUUUUGGAGAUCCAUAGGAGGCGGGAUAUGAUGGCCAUGCAUAUGCAAAUGUUAGACCAACACCUUCACUGCCCUACAUUUGGAACUCAACGAAUUAUCUCACACAUCACUCCCAAUAUUUCUGGUGAAGCAGUCACAAGCUUAAGAUAUUCUCCAAUAACAUAUCCAAGUGUACUUGGAGAACCAUUGCAUGGAGAGGAUCUUGCAACUUCUAUUCAAAAAGGAAGUUUAGAUUGGGAGAGAGCUUUGCGUUGUAUAAGACACGCUUUUCGCAGCACUCCAUCUCCUGAUUGGUGGAAGCGUGUGUUGCUUGUUGCUCCUUGCUAUAGGCCUCCUCCUCAUGGAUCUACUCCUGGUGCUGUUUUUAGUUCUGAAAUGAUUUGUGAGGGAACUAUUGAUAGAAUAGUUGAGCUGUUGAAGUUGACAAAUUCAGAGAUCAAUUGCUGGCAAGAGUGGCGUGUCUUUUCAGAUAUUUUCUUCUUUCUUAUAAAAAGUGGGUGUAUUGAUUUUGUCGAUUUUGUGGACAAGCUAGUUUCACGCGUCACAGAGGGUGACAACAAUAUUCUUAGGACAAAUCAUGUGACUUUGCUAAUAGCAGAAAUUAUUCGGGUUGAGCUUGUGAUGAAUGCUCUGAAUACUGAUGCUAGAAAGGUGGAGACAACAAGAAAGAUUCUUUCAUUUCAUAGGGAAGAUAGAAGCUCUGAUCCUAAUAGUCCUCAAGGCAUCUUGCUUGAUUUUAUAAGCAGUUGCCAGAAUUUGCGUAUUUGGUCAUUGAACACUUCUACCAGAGAAUAUUUAAACAGUGAGCAGCUUCAGAAAGGAAAGCAAAUAGAUGAAUGGUGGAGGCAGGCAAGCAAAGGAGAUCGUAUGAUGGAUUAUAUGAAUAUGGAUGAUAGGUCAAUUGGAAUGUUUUGGGUUGUUUCUUACACCAUGGCGCAGCCAGCUUGUGAAACAGUGAUGAAUUGGUUAUCCUCUGCUGGAGUUACAGAACUAUUACCAGGAGCAAACCUACAGUCCAAUGAGAGGUUAAUGGUUAUGCGGGAAGUAAGUCCUCUGCCGAUGUCACUGUUAUCGGGCUUCUCAAUGAACAUGUGUUUGAAGCUGGCAUAUCAAAUGGAAGACUCAUUAUUUUUUGGACAGCAGGUUGUGCCCAGUGUUGCAAUGGUCGAAACGUAUACACGGUUGUUGCUCCUUGCGCCUCAUUCCCUAUUUCGCUCUCAUUUCAGUAGUUUAGCGCAAAAGAAUCCGUCAGUAUUGAGCAAGCCUGGGGUUACUCUUUUGGUACUUGAAAUUCUGAACUAUCGUUUGCUUCCACUUUACAGGUACCAAGGGAAAAGCAAAGCCUUGAUGUAUGAUGUUACGAAAAUAAUUUCUGCACUCAAAGGGAAACGUGGAGAUCAUCGUUCAUUUAGAUUAGCCGAGAACUUGUGCAUGAACCUUAUUUUGUCAUUGAGAGAAUUUUUCUUUGUGAAAAGGGAAGGGAAGGGUCCAACUGAAUUUACGGAAACUUUGAAUCGGAUAACUAUCAUUACUCUUGCUAUAAUCAUUAAAACACGCGGAAUUGCUGACGCCGAUCACCUGCUUUAUCUUCCAACUAUGUUAGAACAGAUUUUGGGAGGUAGCCAACAUACAUGGUCGGAGAAAACAUUACGCUAUUUUCCAUCAGUCCUUCGUGAUGCAUUGAUUGGUCGAAUGGAUAAGAGGGGCCUUGCGAUUCAAGCAUGGCAACAGGCAGAAACUACCGUGAUUAAUCAGUGUACUCAACUUCUUUCUCCAUCAGCUGAUCCUACUUAUGUUAUGACCUAUAUAAGUCAUAGUUUUCCUCAGCAUCGACAAUAUCUGUGUGCUGGUGCAUGGAUACUGAUGCAGGGGCAUCCAGAAAGUAUUAACAGUGUAAACUUGGCACGUGUCUUGAGAGAGUUUUCUCCUGAAGAGGUGACAUCAAAUAUUUACACAAUGGUGGAUGUACUGCUUCAUCACAUGCAAUUAGAACUUCAGCAUGGACAUUCCUUGCAGGAUCUUUUGAUGAAAGCUUCUACAAACCUAGCAUUUUUUAUUUGGACCCACGAGUUGCUUCCAUUGGAUAUUUUGCUUUUGGCUCUUAUUGACCGUGAUGAUGAUCCUCAUGCUUUGCGUAUUGUGAUUAGUCUGCUUGAUAGGCAAGAACUUCAGCCAAGAGUGAAAUUAUACUGUAUGAAUCGAGGACCUCCAGAGCAUUGGCUUUACAAUGUAAUGUUCAAGCGAAUGGAUUUGCAGAAAGCGUUGGGGAAUCACCUUUCAUGGAAGGACAGGUAUCCCACAUUCUUUGACGAUAUUGUGGCGCGUCUGCUUCCAGUUAUUCCAUUAAUAGUUUAUAGACUUAUUGAAAACGAUGCCAUUGAUUCAGCUGAAAGAAUUCUGGCAAAGUAUUCAGCGUUUCUUGCUUACCACCCCCUAAGAUUUACAUUUGUACGUGACAUACUUGCAUAUUUCUAUGGCCAUCUUCCUGGAAAGCUCAUAGUCCGAAUACUGAAUGUUCUUGAUCUCAGCAAGAUCCCAUUUUCCGAGUCAUUUCCACAACACAUUAGUUCAUCAAAUCCUGUUAUGUGCCCACCUCUCGACUAUUUUGCAACUCUUUUGUUGGGACUUGUAAAUAAUGUUAUACCCCCAUUAUAUAAUAACUCAAAAUCAGGAUCAGUGUGCGAUGCUUCAAGUAGUUUGUUACGGGCCACGCAUAGCAAGAAUCCAGCAACAUCUCAGUCUGGACAAACAAAUGCUUCUGAUAGCCAAAAAGCUUUUUAUCAAAUUCAGGAUCCUGGCACGUAUACUCAACUGGUUCUUGAAACGGCAGUUAUUGAGAUACUCUCACUCCCAGUUUCUGCAUCCCAGAUUGUAUCAUCACUCGUACAGGUCAUUGUCAAUAUACAAGCAACACUAAUUCAAUCCAGCAAUGGCCUGGGUGCUCCAAAUGGUGUUGCGCAAGGGUCAGUGUUACCAACGUCACCUUCUGGCGGAAGCACAGAUUCCUUGGGUGCAAGUAGAUCAACUCCUUCAGUUCCAGGAAUGAAUACCUCUAACAUGGUAUCCAGAAGUGGUUAUAGUUGCCAACAAUUAUCUUGCUUAAUGAUCCAAGCUUGUGGUCUUUUGUUGGCUCAGCUACCUCCGGAUUUUCACAUACAACUUUAUAUUGAGGCAUCAAGAAUAAUAAAAGAAACUUGGUGGCUUACUGAUGGGAAAAGGUCACAGGGAGAACUAGACUCGGCUGUUGGUUAUGCUUUACUAGAUCCAACAUGGGCUGCUCAAGAUAACACCUCAACGGCAAUUGGCAACAUAGUUGCCUUGCUUCAUUCUUUCUUCAGUAAUCUCCCACAGGAAUGGCUAGAAGGGACCCAUCUCAUUGUCAAACAUCUGAGGCCAGUGCAAUCAGUUGCAAUGUUGAGAAUAGUGUUCCGCAUAAUGGGUCCAUUGCUCCCAAGACUUGCCAAUGCUCAUUCACUUUUCAGCAAGACCAUCUCAUUGCUGUUAAAUAUCUUGGUGGAUGUCUUCGGGAAGAACUCGCAGCCAUCAAAUCCACCAGCUGAAGCAUCCGAAAUAACCGAUCUAAUCGACUUCCUCCAUCACGUUGUUCAUUAUGAAGGUCAGGGAGGGCCUGUGCAGCCUAACAGCAAGCCUCGAACAGAAGUUUUGGCUCUCUUUGGAAGAGCAUCAGAAAGUCUAAGACCAGAUAUUCAGCAUCUUCUUUCCCACUUAAGACCUGAUGUACAUUCUUCAAUUUAUGCUGCUACUCAUCCUAAGCUGGUCCAGAAUCCAUCAAGCUCUGUUAGCUAAUAAUGGAGGAGAUGGUUCUGGAAUUUGCACUAACAAUGAGAAAUGUAACGUAUAAAUGUCCGUAUCAAAUUUCGGUAUGUGAUGUGUUGAUGAUAUUCUUCGUCCAACACGUGUUCACUUGGUUUAAUGAGAAAAUGGAAUAUGUUAUGAUGAGUAUGAUAAAUAGAGAGAAAGUUAGAGAUAAAUAUUCAA